AAAAGUUUAUUUUUAUUUAUCAUAGACAAGAAAAAAUUAUAACAUCGCUCUAAUCUAACUAAUAUAUCCCUGAUGUAUUUCACGUUCAGUUUUUUCCGUAGUCAAUACGAAUAAUUUUCUAACCAAGCGAUCAUUAUGCCUCCACGAAAAAAGAAAGUUCAACAAAAAAUUACAACAGGUGAUGUGGAUGCAACAAAAAACACUAAAACAACAAAAAAAACUGUUAAAAGAAAAACGCCCGUGAAGAAAAUUACCACUCGCAAACCUAGGCAACCGAAGAAAUCAAUUAUCAGCAUAUCACAGGAGAAUUUUGAAAGUUUGGUUGAGAACGAUAUGGUGAAUGAAAGUGAUGAAUUGGCACAUAAGUCUGAUACUUUAGCAGAAAGUAAUGAAUGUAGUUCAGUUGAAUGUGAAACUUCCUUGAAUUCCCAAAUUACUAUCCCAGAGGAUAGUACAUAUGAUUUAACUGAACAAUUAGAGCAUUUGGAAGUACAUGAACAAGAUGUAAUGGAAGAGCUAAUUGAAUUUGAUUCAGUAGAUAAUGUUGUUACAGUUGAUUAUGUUAGUCAGGAAGUAACAUUAGAAGCUGAAAAUGAUAAUAGCAAUGUGGGACCUAUAGAUUUGGUAGGAACUAAUGAUGAAUUAUUAAAGGAAGAAGAAAUUAAGAAGAAUGAUGAGGAGGAAAUGAAUAAAAUUGAUGAUAAACUUUCUCAAGUUUUAAAUAAAUUAGAAGUUUCCCAAACACAUGAUAGUAUUCAGAAAAAUGAGGAUGAUAAUACUGAAUUCAUAACGGAAUUGCAAGAUUCUUGUGAUUCCCCUGUUAUAAGUGAACUGAUUGACACAGAUAAUAGAAAUGAAAAUGAGACUAGUAAAAUGUUAGAUGAUAAAUUGAAGGAUAUAGAUUACCAGUUGAAUGAGUCAGAAGAUAAAGCUGAAGAUUCUUCACUAUUAGAGGAUAUAAUUAAAAUCGAAAAAACAUUGAAAGGUAAAAGUAAAAAACAAAAUGAAACAAAAUCUAACAAAAGUCAGAAGAAGGAGACAACAAAAAAAGAUAAAAGUAAGACUACUAAGGCAAAAACUGCUGUAAAAACAAAAAGUGAUGAAUUAGAUGAUGGUGUGAUAAGACGUUCUAGUCGCAUAAAAUCAAUCAGUGUUUUAAAAAAGCCCUCUGUUGGUCAUGGUCUUGUGAAAGUAAAAGAGUGUGAAAUUUCGGAUAUUAAAAAUGAGAUUGAAAAAGCUAUUCCUAAUCAGAGUAUUUCAUGUAAAAAUGAACCUUCUGAGAAACCUAUUAAAGUAAAAUCUAGAUGGAGAAGGUCCAGUGAAUUAGAAAUGAAUGUAUCCAACUUGGAAACUAAAUCAAAUGAUAGUAUAAAAGAAAAUCUAGUCAUCAAUACUGACCCUGAAAAGGUGAAAAUCAAUUCCCAAAUUAAAGACGAGUUGGUAGAAAACCGGUUGAAGCAGUUUGUGCAUCUGAAGGAAAAUAUUUACUUAACCGAACGAUUUGUAUGUAAAGAAGCAAAAAAAAUGACAUGUGAUUGUUUUUUGACUGAAGAAGAAAAAGAAAGAGGAGAAAUGGCUUGUGGUGAGGAUUGCUUGAAUAGACUCUUAAUGAUUGAAUGUGGAAAUCUUUGUCAAGUUGGUGAUCGAUGUGCUAAUAAAAAAUUCCAGAAGAGUCAGUUUGCUCCAGUUGAGGUUUUCAACACCCAUAAGAAAGGAUUAGGUUUAAGAGCUGCUGCAAAUAUUCCAUAUGGAGAAUUCAUUCUUGAAUAUGUUGGGGAAGUUCUCAAUGCUGAUGAAUUUGACAGGAGGGCAGAUGUAUACUCUCAGGAUAAAAACACGCAUUAUUAUUUCAUGUCUCUGAGGUCAGAUGCUAUUAUCGAUGCUACACAAAAGGGUAACAUUUCUAGAUUCAUAAACCAUUCCUGUGAACCAAAUGCUGAAACUCAAAAGUGGACAGUAAAUGGGGAACUACGAAUAGGUUUCUUCAGUACAAGAACAAUUUUAGCUGGAGAAGAAGUGACAUUCGAUUAUAGGUUUGAAAGAUAUGGAAAAGAGGCUCAAAAAUGUUAUUGUGAAGCACCUUCAUGCCGAGGUUGGCUCGGCGAUGAACCAGAUGAAGAUGAAGAAUGUGACGAUGAGGAGGACGAGGAAGUUGAAGAAACCGUCGAGGUUAAGCCUGUGCCAGAGGCUAUACCGGAGGUUAAACCAGAAGAAUCUGUCACAGAAGAAGUUGUUCCAAAAGUAGAAAAAGAAGAAGUAACGACUCCUAUUCCAGUCGUGACUAAAGUGAAGAGGACUAAAUCGAAAAGGAAGCUUCGAAAGGAGUUGUUUGAGGAUGAUCAACUAGAUGAGGAAAUCGAUCUUUUGGUUACAACUGGUUUGAAAAAUCAAGCACACACACUGAAGCUAUCAAGGUUGAUGAUAAGAGCCAAAGAACCAGCUCAAAGAGGAAAACUGUUAAGAGUUUUGAGAAGAGGGGAACUACCUUGCCGUCGACUCUUCUUAGAUUAUCAUGGUUUACGUCUUAUGCACGGAUAUAUGACCGAUGCCCAGCAUCUAUGUCAAUUGGAUAAAAAAUACGAUUCUCUGAGAUUGGAAGUGCUUCAAACAUUGGCAGUACUUCCUGUACCAAACAAGACAAUGCUUCAAGACAGCAAAGUUUUGGCUACCAUUGAAAAGUGGUCGGUUCCGCUAACUUCAAGCUCAUCAAUUGAUUCGAAUUCUGAGAGUAAUUCCCCAAAAGUGGAAACUGAGGUUAGUCAGCCUCCGACGCCCACCCCAGUAGCAGAUACUAACCAAGAAACCAUGGAAACCGAUUAUCAUUCGGAGGUCCAGAUCUUGGACGAAACUCAAAUUAGGAAAUCUGUUGGAAUGCAGGAGGUCAAAUCUGAGAACUCGUACUUCAAAAACACCCGUGGACCGGCUCUGGCGGAGGAGAUAGUGAAUAUCUUCGAAGAUGAUUUGUAUCUGUCGUCCACUAAGCCUAAACUAGUGACGCUUGAAGACAAAACGCCCAAUUACGAAUUCGAAAUAAUCAUUUUGGCGACUAAACUUGUGGAGAUGUGGUCUAAGCUCAAGGAAGUGUUCAGGAUACCUAAGAAGGAAAGGAUAGAGCAGAUGAAAGAGCAUGAAAGGGAGGCCAAUAAAGGUUAUAUUGCUGGAUUGGGUUUAGAACAGUAUGCGGAAAAGAAGAAUGAAAGCAGAUAUAGAGGCAUGCAAAAAUCCCGGUUGCAAGAUAAGAAAAAUUUCAAAUCGGAUGAGCGCAAUCAGCAACAGACCGUAUUGAGCAAAUAUAGCAGAAGGAAACUGUUCGCCCUUCAAGUGGAACAGCAGGAAGAAGAUAGACGAAGAAAGCAGAGAGAGUUAUGGAUACAGCACGAGAAAAACUGCAUGUUGAUUGGCACGGACCCAAGGUUCACUGCUCCGUUCGAUCCAACUAGAGGUUUUCAAUGUAUUUGGAAUCCGCAGAUUGGGCAAUGGCAAAAUUAUCCCAUUCCUCCAUCUGCUGACAAUCCUUUGGGUUACGGACAUAUGCCAAAUAUGGCCAUUCCCGCUUCUCUGCCCAACACAAACAUACCUCCUCCGCACAUUCAGUCUACUUCAACCUACCCAUAUGGCAUGCCUCAAAUUCAGAUGUCUAACGGGAUGCCCGCACCUAUGCCGCCAUUAUCGACUGGUAGAAAUCUGUCUCAUAUGGUUCCCCCGAUACCUGUAGGUAGGCCUCCGCUGACUUCCUCACUCCCUCCUGCUUUAAUACACCAAAUUCCACCAACUAGUGGCACAAUGUCCACUAACAUUCAUCAAGGUCAAGCUAUUCCCAGUUUACCCCCCGUUCCUACCAAUAUGCCACCUCCUACUUUACCACCUCAAACUCCUCCUCCUUUGCCAGGUGUUCAAGGUCUUCACAAUCCGAUGGGAUAUUCACCUCAGAUGAUGAUUGGACAAACACAAUCUCCGGUUUUGUAUCAGCAGGAGAAAAAUAGCGAAAUUAUCAGUAUCAUUGGGGAUGUCAAGUUCUUGGGUCCUAUUCCACCACCGCCCAAGUUACCCCCUAAAUGGAAAAGUGCGAAAGAUAAAUACGGGCGACCGUAUUACUACCACAUACGAAUCAGGAAAAGUCAGUGGGAACCACCACCAUUGGAACCAGCAGAAAGUACUCCAGAAGAUGAUUCAGACUCUAGCAGUUCGGAGUCAAGUUCAUCAACUUCAGACUCCAGUUCAGAUGACUCGGAUAGCGACGAAGAAAUUAUAAAUGACAGCAGAUUAUUGAGACAAGUCAAGAAACAAAUAAGUAAAGAAUUCAAAAUUGCGCCUCCCAUAAAAACGAUAAUCCCAAGGAUUUCUUCUCGUAUCGAGGACACCCCAAGUCCGAUAAUUGAAACGAUCGAGGAAAUUCAACCAGAUGUUGAAAUUUCUCCAACUGAAGAAGAAUCUUCCAUUGAUAAAAGGCUCAAGGAACAGUUCAACCUAUUGGAUGAAGAAGGUCCUUCUGCGAAAAAGAGGAAGAAUUCUUCCUUAGUUCAAGAAAUAAUAAUAAGCCCUAGAACCGAAGAAGAUAAGUUAUUAUUUAAGGAGGACUUGAAGAGAUAUAAGGAGAAUAAAUUGAUGCUCAAAAAACAGAAAGAAAUAAUUCUGCAGCAAAGAAGAAAACAUAUGAAAGAAAAAAAAUUGAAGCAGCAACCCUCAAAGGCUAAGAUAAGGGAGAUGAAGUAUUCAAACACGGAAAACGCGAAGAAAAUCAAAGAGGCAUUCCGAUCUGCAAUGGCUAAUACUGUUGUUACAUCACUGAAUGUUUACAGGAAGUCAGAUUGCAAGGAGGGACGAAUAACAAAUACAGAAGACUUCAAGCAUCUUGCAAGAAAACUCACACAUUUUGUCAUGUUGAAAGAAAUGAAACACAUCUCGGAAAUAGAAGAGCUUGUGUGUAGUGAAAGUGUCAAGGUGAAAGCGAAAGACUUCAUUCGUAAAUAUAUGAGCAAAUUUGGAGAAGUUUAUGUCAAAAGAGAUGAUGAACCUGAACAUUACUAUUGAUCAUUUGGUCUGUGAUAAGUUCAUUUUAUCAAUGUUUUAUAGAAUUACCAUUCAAUAAUUUGAUGACUGCAUUUUUGCUAUUUUAAUGGAAUAUUGUUUUUAUGAUAAUAAUUCCAUUUUUUAUUUGUGUAAUUAAUAAUUAUUAGAGAAUUGUCUAUCACCAACAUUAUUAAUUAUCUAUGUAUAUUAUGUCCUUGACCUUUUUCAUGGUUGUAUAUAUAUAUAUAGAGUUGUAAAUAAAGAAAAGUUUAUUCUU